AUGCUAUCAUUUGAAGCGAUCCGAGAAUCGAACCCUAGAGCGGCCGAGCUGUUGUACGUGAUGGCAUUCUUUCAACAUCAGGGAGUUCCCGUUAUUCUCCUCCAGGAUGAGGACGAGGACGAGUUUGGCUUCCAAGACGCUGUCGUAGCACUAAAAGCUUUCUCGUUUGUCGAUGCUAAUGAGGAAGAUGCAAUAUUCAGCACACAUCGGCUGGUACAACUCGCGACGAGGUGUUGGCUUGACCAGGAGAUGCCCUCCGAGACAGAGAGAUGGGCAUCUGCAGCUCUUAGCUCUGUGGCAACGCGCUUCCCUAAACAGACCUCGCACCCUGAUGCAGAGUACUUCACACUCGGCGAGUCUCUUCUUCCUCAUGGGGAGCUCAUGCUGCAACACCAAUUCAAGAUACCUUCAAAAGAGGUGGAGCUUGCGAGAGCAAGGCUUCUCAACUCAUCGGGACGAUACCUUCACUGGAAAGGCAGGUAUGACGAAGCGCGAUCUCGUUUCCAGGAAUCAAUGCAAAUCAACAUGAAGUAUCUCGGCGAGAGGCAUGUCGAUACCAUGGUCAGCACAGGCUUAUAUGGAUGGUCACUUGCCAUCGUCGGUCACAACCCAGAGGCGGUUCCCAUGUUGGAGCAUCUCGUCCAACUUCGAACCGAGGUACUAGGCGAAGAUAACCCAUAA